CAGAGAGAAAGGGACAUGAGAGAAGACAGGAUGAGAGGACUGAGGUGGACUCUUACUUCCCAAUGAUCAUCACACAGUCAGAAGAAUAUCAGAGAGGAUCUCAUCAAAGCUGAUGAAGCAGCCUGAGGACAUUUGAGGCAACGUACAGAAGAAGGUGAAAGAAAGGAGUUGACCGACCAAAUCCCCAACUAGAACCAAGGCCACCUGAAACAGUUCAACCAUCACAGGAGUUCUUUGCUUCUAAAAUUUACUCAUCAGUAAAGUAUUGGAACCUCCACUGAUGUUUAUGGCAAAUCAUUUCAUAUAGAAACACAGGAGAUGGAUAGACAGAUGUCAGAUGCCGACUACCCCUCUGCAUCGCCCCCUUCCCUCCUAUACUGCGACUACACAGACUGGUCUCCCUCCCUCUACAUCAUCCCGUCCGUCUACCUGCUCGCCUUCCUGGUUGGUUGCCUUGGCAACAGCCUGGUGCUCUGGGUCUACCUGGACCGAGCUGAGGGGAGGAGAACGAGGACCGGAGAUAAACACCAAACUGGGGUUGGAAAGUUCUGCUGCAGCAGCUUUUUCAGAAGCAGUCAACAGAGCACUAACACAGCAGGCAGAGUUCAGCACAAGUGUUUUCUUCAGAAAAACAAAGAAAGCAGUGGAUUAUCCUCAGAACGAAACUACAGACCCUCGUCUGACUCCUCCAACUCCUCCUCCUCUCCUCCCUCCAUCCCUCGUCCGUCUCGCUCGCUGACAGACUCUCUGAUUGCCAGCUUAGCUCUUGCUGACCUUUGCUUCCUUGUGACUCUCCCUCUGUGGGCCGUCUACACAGCUAUGGGCUACCACUGGCCUUUUGGGCAACCCCUCUGCCAAAUCAGCAGCUUCCUCACUGCUCUUAACAUGUAUGCCAGCGUGUUCAGCCUGAGCAUGCUCAGUGUGGAGCGGUACUGGGUCCUAACUGGACGCAGACACUCCAGCCACCAUGCCCCACAGAGCUGCACCAGCAGGGCAUUGUGGGUCCUCGGUGGGGUGUGGGUGCUAGCGGGUGUGUUGGCACUUCCGGGUUUGCUGCUGCGCUCCGUCAGGGAGGUGGAACUUGAAAAUGAAUCUGAGGACGAUUGGCAGGUAGAGCCGGCUGACUCUGUACCCAUGUUCCUCUCUUGCCAGAUGGAUUAUUCGAUGCUGACUGGAGCCGAGCUGGACGAGGCAGAAAAAGAGAGGGCAGAGAUGUGGUGGACCGCUGCCUUGAGUCUGAAAUCCACUCUAAUUGGCUUCCUGCUCCCACUUGUCAUCUUACUGGUCUGCUAUUGCUCACUGGCCCAGCUCCUCAGCAGACAUUUUGGACGGGGCCCUCGUCCUGACCGUAGACGCCAACGCAGACUUCUCCGGGUCAUUGUUACAUUAGUGCUGGCUUUCUUCCUGUGCUGGCUGCCUCUGCAUGUUAAUAAAACAGUAUCCAUGCUUCUGGAGUUUGGUUUUGUCCCAUACUCCUGCUCUUUAGAUCAGAUUCUGCUGGCUGCUCACCCCUACGUCACCUGUUUAGCUUACCUCAACUCCUGCCUGAACCCUCUCCUCUAUGCUGCCUGCGACCCAUCAUUCAGGAAGAGGUGCAAAGGCGUUAUUCUCAUGUUGUGCAGGGCAAAGAGAAGGGGAGUAGAGGGAGAGGAGGGAAAAAGGGAUGAAGGACAGGAGGAGAAAGAGGAGAGGAGCUCAGCUUUUCCGACAAGAACACAGGAGGAAACAGCAGACAGGACAGAGGAGGAAGUGGUGGAGGAGGUGGGUGUCGUGCUGGCCGAAGGGUGAAGGGAACAAUGGCUGAACGUCCGAAAAGAUAACAGCUUAUAAAUGAAAAAGUCAGUCCACUUAAAUCUACUUUCCCCUUGAAGUGUGAGGACAUCCAGACAUGUUGCUGCUAAGUAACAUUGUAUGUGAAACAUUUCAUUAAUUUUGACACUUGACAGUUCACAAUCCACAAUGAAAGUGGGCCAGACUCAGACUGUGGGAGAAACUAUGUCAAAUGUCAAUAUUCUCAAAAGAUAAAAUGUUCAAAUAAAUAAACAUUGAUCACAUGAGCAUGAGUUCAUAAACCCUUUCCUCCUCCAGUUCUUUCCCACGGGAAAGACGCCCUGUUUUUAUAUUUUUAUUAUUUGUUUAUUGAAAUGUGCUGAACAGUUUUUAUUGUGGUUUUCCCA